AUGCAGGCCUCAAAACCCAAUGCUAGUUUACUGAAUGGCAGUAAAAAACCUUCAGUAAACGGCCAUGUGCAAUGCGUCUUCUCCCUGCAGACAUGCGAGUGGUCAACACCCGAAUUCGUCGAAAACCCGGUACUUCAAGUCCACGGACUCGCGCCUGGUCUCAAUUACGGCCAGCACAUUUUUGAGGGCCUUAAAGCAUUUCGCCAGCCGGACAAUGAGAUAGCUGUAUUUCGGCCGGACGAUCAUGCGGCACGUUUCCAACGAUCCGCUGCCAUUUUGGGGAUGCCCAAGGUUCCCAAAAGCUUAUUCCUACAGUGUGUCGAUCUCGCUGUUCGUCAAAACGCUGAAUAUGUGCCUCCCCACGACGUAGUUGGCGCCUCAUUGUACAUUCGCCCCGUGGAAUUUGCGUGCAGUUUACAGAUCGGAUUGGAUCCUCCAGAUGAAUACAUGUUCUGCGUUUAUGUCCAACCCCAUUUUGGAAUCCAUAAAGCCUCCAGCUUGAAAGCCCUGGUCGCGGACGAGUUCGACCGUGCUGCAACAAGAGGGGUUGGUAAGGCCAAGGCAGGAGGGAACUACGCCUGUAUCCCCAAGUGGACUCGUCUUGCCAAGAACGAGGGCUAUGAUCUGUUUCUACAUCUCGAUAGCAGCACACAGACCCAGAUAGAGGAAUUUUCCACCUCCGGGUUUGUUGGUAUACGAGAUCAAAGUAGCGAGGAAUCAGUGACAGUUCUGAUUUCGGACAGCGACACAGUGCUCGACAGUAUCACGGUGGACUCCAUAGCAGUCCUUGCAGAGUCAUUCGGAUGGAAAGUUGAGAGACGGCCGAUCAACUUCUUGGAACUCGCAACCAUUACUGAAGCCAUGGCAGCGGGAACUGCAUCGGGAGCCUUAAGCGUUAGCGAGAUCUACCGGAAAUCGACUGGAGAGAAGUUCAGCCUUGCUUCAGGGGGCAGUUGCUGCAUCAAGAUAUCUGAGGCUCUACAGGGCAUACAGAGGGGAGUUGCCAAAGACCAUUUCGGCUGGCGCAGACUUGUUGAUAUCAGCCCUUUGUAA